AUGGAACUAUCUCCAGUUCGCUUCAACGAAGACGUACUGGAUUAUAUUGAUGAAGGCACGAAUGAAGAUGGUGAAUAUAUGAUAGAUAAUGUGUGGACGCCACGAAACCGGCUAGCUCAGAGUUUUUCCGCCACUGACAGUGGAACCUCUUGUUUGGAUUACGAAAGCGACAGUGAGCUGGAUGAUUAUGACGAGUUCAGUAAUGUAAGUUUGUUUCGGAUCCUGUUUUUCAGAUUUGUAGUGAUUGGAGGGAAUAAGAUGUAAAAAAGGCUAAUAGAAUGUUAUAAAAGGCUUUUAUGUUUAGUUUUGUUCACAACUAAUAUAUAAAAACGCUUAACAAUAACGUCACAGUAACUGAAAACGUACUAUAAGGACAUUCCACCAAUAAUCACAACAUUACAAGGCAUUUUGAAGCAGUUUAAACUUCAAACAUUAUGUUUCUUCGAGUAAAUCAAGGAACUUGUACUUGAGCACGCAAAGUUUACAUUAGGAAUUCAUUGGCAAACUUUUGAAAACAUUACAAGAUAACUUAAUCUUGUCUAUAACUAAGUACAGAGGCUUUAAUUUACUGUGCAAAUUAAGUACAUACACUUUUUUUGGUGUGAAACUUAAGUACAUAAGCUUGUGUAAAACUUAAUUACAUUACAGUGAAUUAGGCGAUAUAGUGUCUAAAGGGAUUUACCACACAAAUCUUGUUUACAAUUCCUUUUAAACUCUAGAUUAAUUGAAAGUUUUGUCAUUUUGGCUUAGUUUUGAUUAAUUUAGAGUAAUUAGGCCUUGCAAGAUCAUUAGUGCGUAGUCUUAUAUAUAUCAUAGUUGUUAUCAAAUUUUUAUUAUAGUCAAAGAGCAAUCAAAGCUCCACAACAUUCGAUCAUGUAUUAUGUUGGUAAAAUCAUUCUGUACUUCCUCUCAAAGGAAAUUUUUGGAGUUAGGGCGUACAGAAAUAUUUGAGCAAUCUAAUACAUGAUACAAAAACAAAGUAGUACAACUUUCUAAAAAUGCAUUUUGUUAUAAAAAUGUCAUUUUAUAGAACAAUGCCAAUCCAAACGUCUCAUACGAUGCUAAUGCUAACCCAACACCGGAUUUCGAGCUUAAAUUGGCCCCAUUAGCUGACGAAGAAACUCUGGACAACGAAAUAAUAGAUGCUGUAACUUCAAAAAGGAAACGAUCUCAAGAAAGCUUUAGCGACUAUGAUGAGAAAAAGCGAUUUAAAUGGCAGCUUGAUGAAGAUGAUGCUAUGGAGUGCUGA